ACCGAAAACAUUGGACAUUGUUUAACACUACUUUUUAUAAUUGGACCCAAACAAAUCGCGAAAUGUUGCAAAUUGUGUAAACAAUUGAGAAACUAGCCGUUAAUUUUAAAUAAAAAGUGAAUCUCCAAACAAAAAUGUUUCUACCGGAAACAGCUACUUUUUGUAUUACUCUUUUGGUGUACGGGGCCAUUUUAUUGCUCCUUAUAUACUAUGUUCUGACAUUGGCGGAUCUGGAGUGCGACUAUUUGAAUGCUCAGGAGUGCUGCCGGCGGCUCAACUUUUGGGUGAUUCCCAAGUUCGGCUCUCACGCCCUACUCUGCAUUUUGCUCCUGAUUGGUGGUCACUGGAUAAUGUUCCUCCUCAAUCUGCCCAUGGUGAUGUGGCUGUACUACGAACUCCAUCGCCAGCGACGGGAUAGCUUGGGAGUGUAUGACCCGGUCGAUAUUCAUAGCCGGGGACUACUCAGGGUGCACUUGAGGAACUGCAUGGUCUAUUUAGGUUACUACUUUGUCAUGUUCUUUGUGGGUUUGUACUGCUUAAUUUCAUCCUUAAUCAAAGGAGAUCCCAUCAAGCGAUACGAGGACGACGAGAUAGUCACCGAUUUCUGAAGUUUAUCUAAAUAAGCAGGCACUCUUAAGGGGCUUCCAGCUUAGUUUUCUUCUCCCAUACUUUUUUACCCUAGCAGGGUACUACAAUUUAGAAAAAAUGUUUGAAAAGCACACAAAAGAUAAGUGAAAUCGGAUCGGGUACCACUGGAAAAGAUAAUAUAGUUUAGUUUUUCUAUAUUUUGCAAAAGACUGGAGCACUACUGUGUGUUCAAUUUAUUGACUUUCCCAAUACCAACCUAGUCGCACUACAUCUUCAUUUUAUUUAUUUCAUCCCUAGUAAUAUAAGCGUAUUCGAAUAGAAAUCACAAAAUACAUAAAAUAUACACAAUACCGUUCAAUUGGA